CAAAGAAGCCCGUCGGCGGUCUUGCAGCUGCCGAAGUUCCUGAUUCCGGUUCCUCGCCCCAUCCGUUCGGUGGCGUUGCCAUGAACAAAGGCUUCGCCCGGAAGAGCCACGUGUUCCUGCCAAAGAUUUUUAAGAAAAUGUCCUCCCAGCCCAAAGAGCGCCCUGAGAGUUUGCAGUUCUCCUUUCUAGAUGACGAUGAAACGAUUACCACCAUUCGGGAAUCAAAAACUUUUUUUAUUCUCCGAGGUCUACCAGGCAGUGGAAAAUCUACCUUGGCGCAGGCCAUCCAAGACAAGUAUAAGGAUGCUUGCAAAAUCAUUUCGGUUGACCACUACAAAAUCCAGCCUGCUAUCAGGAGUGCCAUUCCUGAUGAUUACAGCAAGGUUGAUGAGGAUCUAGCUGACUAUUGCAAGCGUGAGAUCAGUGUGGUGGUGGUAGAUGACACCCACCAUGAACGGGAGCGUCUAGAGCAGCUUUUUGACAUUGCAGACAAAUAUUGCUACAAAGUCAUCAUUGUGGAGCCCAAAACCUCGUGGAAAAUGGAUUGCUUGCAGCUCAAGGAUAAGAAUCAAUGGAAACUUUCAGCUGAUGAGCUAAAGAAAUUGAAGCCCAGUUUAGAAAAGGAUUUCCUUCCCUUGUAUUAUGGAUGGUUUUUAAGCAAAAGGAGCUCAGAGAGCUUGCGGAAGACCGGACAGGCAUUUUUGGAUGAGCUUGCUAAUAUUAAAGCCUUCAAAAAAGAGUCAAAUAAAUACUUUGGGCAGCCCUCUGAAGAACCCAAACUGAAAAUUGAUCUGACCAGCUACUUUGUGAAAAGGCCUCCAGGGGUUUUGCACUGCACAACUAAAUUCACUGAUUUUGGGAAGGCUCCAGGAGCAGAUGAUUAUGCACAGCAAGAUAUUGUGAAGACUUCUUAUGGAAAAUCUUUUUUCCUGACCAUAUCUGCUCUAUUCAUCACGCCAAAAACUGCUGGUGCCCGUGUGAAAAUGAGUGAGCAGCAAAUGCUUCUAUGGCCCGGAGAUGUGGAUGUGCUACAGCCAGCAGUCAGCCUCCCAAAAGGCAGCCGAGCCCACAUCACUCUGGGUUGUGCCAGUGGGGUAGAAGCUGUCCAAACUGGCCUUGACCUCCUUGAAUUUGCAAAACUGGAAAAGGCAGGGAACAAAGGCGAGGAGGUUGGGGAGAUUGGUGGCGGAAAACUUUUGUCCUUUGGGAAUGGAAUGUGGAUGCUUUUGCUUUCAAAAAAGAUUGAGUUGAGAGCCAUCUUUGGUGGCUACUACGGAAAGGGAAAACUGGUGCCAACUCAAGGUAGCAAAAGGGGAUCACCCUUCAAUUCCUGUGUCAUCAUCUAAGGGCUCUUUUGGUGUCUGCAGCCUUGUUUUCACAAUAUAAUGUGUAACCUUUUAUAAACUCUUCCCCAUCAACAACACAAAUGAUAGCAUUCCAUGACUAAAGCAAUUUCUUAAUUCUAGUGAUGUCCUUUUUAAAGGAAUAUUUCCUCCAGAGAUCUGGAUUCCUCAAAUGGAAAACAGCAUUUUUUUAUACUUUAAAAAUUAAUACAACUGAAUAUAUUCUAGCCUUUUGAGGUUUCCUUUUCUUAAUAUAAAUAGCCACUACAAGUUUGCCAGAACUGGGUCUAUUCCUGUGCUGUAAAUCUAUCUGGUCCCUUACAGCAAUAUUACUGUUACAGCAGGAGAGGGAAACUGAUUGUACUACUUCAGAGCAGAAGGAAGGCAGAGGGGACAAAUAGAACCACAUUUUCUCAAUGAUUCCUGACAUAAAUAUUCCGAGAGUAGAAAACUAAUACUGUAGAUAACCAUUUUCAGCAAAGGUAUGGGGGGGGGGGAUAUUUAAAAGUUCAAGACCAACCUUUUGUAUCCUCAUGUAAUCUUUUCAUUUGAAUUCAAAUUCAGGGUAGACUUAGAAAGUUUGGAUCAAUUAUACUGUACUUCUUCCCGUAGUUUAAAAACACUAUGACAAAGUUAAGUGAAUAAUAUAUUAGGCUUUAAAUUUUCAGCUUCACUUUCCAAGUUAGCCACAGAGUAACUAGUUGGUUUCAAGGAAUCUCUUCUCAGCUGAGAUUCAGAAUCAAGGGCGGCCAUCUCUGAUCAAUCUCAGCUUGAUGUUAAGGGAAACGUUACCUUUCUGGUUUGUAGUUUUAGAAGGUUCACUUCUAAAAGAAUAAGGCCUCAAUGUUUUGAACAUAGUAAGAUCUUGCUAGUAUUCCUAAGUACCAGCAGCUUUUUCCCAGAUUUUUUAAAAAUAGGAAAUGUAAAGCUUCCCCUGCUUGCAAUUUUAUGAGCUUUUGAAACGUAUGUUAAGCAUUAACAGAGGCCUAUAUUUUAAUGAAAGAUCUUGUUAAUGUGCAACUCAUGAUUUCAUGUUUUAGGCUUGUGCCAGUCUGUGAUGUUGCUAUUGUAUAGGUUAUAGGUCAUUGAAAGCUGGCACAUUAAAUACUGUUGCCUGCAGCCCCCCGCAGCAUUUCCUCUUGUACAGACCUUUAAGAGAUUUAUAUUUUUCUUAUCACCUUAGUUCUGCAGCAUGGGCAUCUACUAACAGGAAUAUAAAACUAGAGAAUAGGAAUCUGCCUUGCAGUCUCUGUUAUCCAUCAUGUCUUGUAUUGCUUUAAAUGACAGGCAUUAGAUUUUCAGUAGAGAUCUUUAUAUGUUGUCUGAUUAAAAUACCAAUAAACUAUAUUUCAACCAUUGCCCAUGAAAAUCAGGGACUAAGAUUUCCCUGUACUUUCAGAUCAGUUUUUUCAACAAGAAUAUUUGAACAGGUGUAUUAUCCAAUAGCAAAAUUAGUUGAAUUGACUGGAUCCGAACUUGCUGCAAUUGAUCUAAAUUAUAAGUAGCCCAAAGUAUUGUAUCUGAGAAAAUAUCUGAGUAUAGAGGGAGACACAAGUAAGGAUAUAUCUAUGAUUUUAAUUGCAUUGGAUAAGCAAUCCACCAGAGCUUCAAAUUUUAUGAAAACAGUGCACUAAAAUAUGUAUCAAUGAACAUGUUAGACAAUAGAUGGUGUAUUCAAUGCUUUGAUAUACAGCUUUGUUUUUUGAAGAAUAUAAUAUAUUCAUGAUGCAAUCAAAUGCAUAUAAACUUAGAAGUAAAUCCUUCAUGUUCAAAGAGGUAUAUUAAGGUAAUAUACAAAUUCCCUAACAUGUUAUUUAUAUAUACUGAUUCUAACUUCUGUCAACAUUAGCGAGCAUAACUGUUGCCCCUGUUGUCAAUGACUGUUGUAAAAGUUGAAGUUCAGAGCACCUAGUACUUGAAACUACUCAACAUUUCAAAGCAUAUUUCAAGGAAAAAAUUAGCAUUUAAAACUGACAAUUUAUAUCUGUUUGAUUUUAUAACAUAGUUAUAUCCAGCAUGGCAUGAGUUAAACCUGUAAAAUAAAUGCAAGCCAAACAUGUUCUAAUCUCAGCCGAACCACAUCCUGUUGAGUGAUAUAUAUUUUAUGCAUACAACUGAUUUAAGUUCUCUCAAGUAAGUCUAGUUGAACACAUAGCCCGCUUACUUUCCUUUGAGCAGGAUCGGUAUAAUAGUAUGUUAGCGACCAAAGUGUCUAGAUUAUAGCUGUCUUUCACAUCGUCUGUUGCAAAGCUGGGCAGUAGACACUUGAACUAAUCCCACUUUUGAGUUGGUUUAUUCAUAACAUUAAGAUUAGUCUUCCCCUUUAUCUCUAACACAAAGGAUUUAAUCUCACCGAAUAUGACCUUUGUUUUGAGAAAAAAAUCUCCAAGACCAGCUUUUGCAAAAUGAUGCCCUUCAAUUAGGUUGAAUGACAGUGUUGCUCAUUCAUAAUCAGUAUUAUCUUUGUUGUGAAUGACUUUAAGACAGGUUAAUUUUGGAUUAUAGAAAAUCAAACAUAUGACAAGGACAUUGGAUUAGGGCAGACUCUUCUUUAACCAUCAAUGUGAAUACAAUGACAGUAAUAGUUGUCUAUGUAAUUGCUGGUUGUGUUUUUGCUAUGCUCACAUUCAAUAUGCUCUAGAUGGGAGUUAGUUUAAAAUGGGAGCUUGUUAACCAAUUAUAUAAUGAAAGCUAUGAAAUAAGUUACAAAACAUACAUCACUUGAAACUUAGAAUUAUAGACAUCCAAUAUAUAAAGGAAGAUAGGUGGGUCAUUUACUUUUCUUGAAUGCUUAGCUAUACAAGAAAAAACUGGUUGUGCUAUUGCUCAGGAAACAUAAUGUAACUUGCAUUUGCAAAAUAUUUGUGUCAGUUCUUAAAUAUUUGUUGUUUAAACAUCAGAAUUACUGUUAAUACAACUCAAAUAUGGUCAAAGCUUUUUUUAAAAAAAACCACAUAGAAGUAGCACAUUUCAAUGGUUCUGAUUGAUGUAACUUGAAACAAUAAUUCCUGUUUUGCUUUACAAAGUAGUUAAGAUUCAUAGUGACUGUAAAAUACACUGAAAUAAAUGUAUUAACAUGCAGAAAAUGUUUGUGUUGAUAUUUACAUUAGGCCGAUUGAUAUGGGACUCUUUAUUCAAGCCUUUGCUACCUGAAGUUUCAGAUUAUUUGCAGAGAAGAGAUUGGACUUUUCAUAGGUUUAUAGGGGAAGGAAUUAAAUUGGGUACAGAUGUUAACUGUAGUUUACGAGUCAUUUCUUCUUAUGAAAGAUUCUCAUGGAUGCUGCUUUGGAAGUGCUCCUUGAGUCUCCGGAUGACCCCGUAGUGAAGCAGCCAUCCACAGGAAGAGAGCCAGAGCACUUCUACAGCAGCUAUAUGAGGCAAGAAGGCAUGGCUCCUUUAAGGAUUCCAAGAGAAGUAAUUCAAAUACAGACCUGUGUUUGUGAAGCACUUUUUAAAAAAGAAAUUGAACAGUGCUAAUACAUAAUCAAAACCUCUGGAUCUUUUCUCAAUUUUAGCAUUGGUAGUCUUCCUGUCUACUUUUCUUACUGUAAAAAACAAACAAAUAACUAAACAAAAAAAGCUACUACAAUUUUAACAUUAACCACCACAGAUUUUUGGGAUUCCCCCAACCCCCAAUUAUUCAAUCCAGCAUCAUGUCACCACACUCACAGUCUCAGCAGUGUCUACUCAGUUUAAAGAAGCAUAAGUCACCAAUGAGAUCCGGAGUGUUUAUUUUUUGUACAUCAUAUACAUUUUAUAAUAAAAUUAAUAUCAAUUGCAUAUGGGUUUGCUUCAGUCUGGUUCAAAAUUCUGCAUAUAAACACAUCAGGAAUCCUGCUUAAUGAACAGUCGCCACUUUUUGUUUAAAUAAUCUUCAUCUUUGAUAAGUGAAAAGGUUGCAGUAUGGCUAUCCAUGUGUCUGAAAUUAUCCACAGGAGAGAGUAAAGGGGACAGGAUGCUAUUUUAAAAACAGAACAUGCAACUGAUGUAUUUUUAAGAAGUCUAGAAUGGUAUGCUAUCUAUUCCUAUCCAAACAAGCCUUUCUUCAGGUGGCUUGAACAUUAGCCUACCUGUCUUCUGUUCAGGCAUUCCUUGUAAAUGUAUUUGUACAGCAAAGAGGCUACAAUGCAUGCAAGAACACCUGUUCAAGUGUACAGGAAAAUAGGCAAAAAUGGCAACUUUCCCUAAAAUAUGCUGCUUUUAGAUCUACAUCACCAAAGAAAUUGUCUCAUGCAUUGCUACAUGAGAAAGUUUUGGCUCUUAAUUCCCUGCUUAUAGAUUUUGUGUACACAUAUUAUGGGGAAAAGUGGUACUUUUAAGUGGUUAAGUGAUAUUACUUAACAUUACCAGCAAUAUAUGCCUUCCUCCUGUGGCAACCUAACUAGCAGUAAAAAAAAUGUUCGAGACCCUCUCUAUAUCUGUUCUUUAUUCUCAGGAAGUUCCUAUAAGGGUAAUAUCAAAAAGGCAAUGUAUCAUUUCACCUUAUUAUCACUACAACAUUCUGACAAUGUAUAUCUUUAUAGGUAUACUCCAAGCCUCAGCCAGAUAGAUAAUUAAUCCUUUAUCAGUCACACAUAGUUUUUGGUACCUCUUAAAUAUAGCUUGGCUAAUUAAAAAAUGAAAACAAAAUUUGAGAGCUAAGAACCAAAUUCAAAUUAUAAAAUGAUUAUUACUAGGGUGGAGAAUUUCUAAAUCAGGUUAUAGAUGGCCUAAUAUAUAAUGCAAACGUUGUAUCAGAACAUCCUUAAAGACUGCAAUGAGAAUUGUAGAUAAUAAAAAACAGAUUAGAAAGGCAAAGUAAUACAGCAUUCAUCACUUUUUAGGUUGCAAUCGGUUUUAAGAUCCAGGAACCAUUUCUCAUUGACCUUUGGAUCUGACACCCCCCCCCGCCACCGCCCCACAAAAAAAUCUUAUUACUACUACCAGCUGUGUAGAGAUGAUCAGAAAAUCUGGCUGCCAUCCACGGAAACUUUUAAUAUUCUUAUAUUUCUGUGUGAAGUUUUAAAGUAAAAUUAUU